ACUAUUCGGAAAUCCGAGCACAGAAUAUUAUUUAAUGUAUACUGUGGUCAGAAUUUCAGAUUAUCUAGCAAUUCCUAUGCGUUAACAAAAUAUUAAUAAUAUUUCCUACACAAAAUUUAAUUUUAUAUGUGAUACAUUCUGCUUGAAUAUGUAUAUGCUUGAAUAUAUUCUGUUUGGUAUUUCAAACUGUAUAAUUUUCAAUGUUAAUUACAAUAUUUCUAGAAUUUAGUCUCGAAUAUAGGUGAAGCAAAUAAAAUAAAAAUUUGUGUUUUUGAAUUUAAAACUCAUAAGCUUGAAAUUUACAAUGAGUCCUGAAAAAAAAGCGUGGAUUAAACCAUUUUUUGAAGAUGUAUCAACUGGAAUUACCACACCAUUAAAGAAAACCACUCAUACAAAACCCAUAACUAUUUCAAGUGAUAAAAAAAGACCUUAUCCUCAAAAUGAAAAUAAAAAUUCUGAUUGGUGUAACAUGUACGCUCCCCAGACUGUCUCUAAACUAGCAGUACAUACUGGUAAAAUAAAAGAACUAAGACUUUGGUUUGAAAGUUUAAGCAGUGAAUCAUCAAUUAAAAGUAAAUUCUUACUUGUGAGUGGGCCUACUGGAUGUGCCAAAGCGACAUCAGUCAAAUUGAUUGCCAAACAGUGUGGUUUUAUGUGUUUAGAAUGGGUUACCCCUAUGACUAAUGAACCAAUUUAUGAUCAGUGUAGUGGUAAUUAUUAUAAUCAAAAUGUACAAGACAAGUUUGAAGAUUUUAUUUGGGGAGCAACGAGAUACCGCAGUUUGAAAUGCGGUGUUUUAAAAAGUCAAUUUUUAUUGAUUAAAGAUUUCCCCAAUAUCUUUAUUGAUAAACCAGAAGAGUUUCAUGAUAUCAUGAUCCGUUUUAAUACAGCUUCAACAUUUCCAAUUGUAUUUAUUGUAAAUAAUGAAAAAAUUGCAAGGGAUCUAUUUUCUACAGAAACUAUAGAAACAUUAAAAAUGACACAAAUCAAAUUUAAUCCAGUUACAAGAAAAGCAGUAUUGGCAGUAUUAGGACAAAUAGUUAAAUCUGAACAGCAAAAGAAUAAACUGAUAAGGAUACCAAAUUCUAAUGAAAUGAAUGCUAUUUAUGAUGAGACAAAUGGUGAUUUGAGAGCAUCUAUUAUAAAUUUAAGUUUCAUUUGUAUGAAUGUUUCAAAUAAAAUAGUUAAAAAAUGUUCGACUGCGUCAAGGGAUGAGAAUUUAGAUCUAUUUCAUUCUAUUGGUCGCGUUAUUUAUCCAAAAAGAGUACUAAUUGACUCACCACUUGAAUUUAAAUUUGCUCAUAACCCUGACAAUCUAGUUGAAAAUUUUGCUAUGCAACCUACUACGGUUUUAGGAUUCCUUCAAGAAAACUAUUUAUCUCGCUUUUCAAAUUUGACUGAUGUUUGUGAAGCAGCUGAAGCAAUCAGUACUGCUGAUGUAAUGCUAGGCUCAGAUUUUAUGUUCGGUGUUUCUAUUUAUGAUAUUAGCUUAGCAUCAUUAUCAGUGGCUGUUAGAGGAUUAAUGUUAGCAAACAAAAAGCCCAUUAAGACAUUUAGAUCAAUUGUUAAACCUAAACAUUUCCAAUACAGCAAUGAUAUUCAAAUUUAUAAAGACUUAAAAAGAUGGUUUAAUGUUUAUGAAUCACCCAAAAAUUUAUUGUUGGAUGUGAUUCCAUUUGUGAAUGAAUUAGGAACUGAUCAACAGAAAAUUGCUGCUAAAGAAUUUUUGAAUUUUAAGAGAAGAUAAUGACUGAUACCUAGUUUAUUAAUGUACUAAACUGUAAUUACUAAUUUGUUAUAUAAUCUUAAGUAGUAAAUAAUUGAUAAAUACUUUUAUAUUUGAAAUAGUUGAAAGAAAUGUGAAUAUAAUGUAUA